UAAAUGCCAAAUCCCUCGAUUCUUGGAUUUAUAUUCCCAAUUUCUUCAAAAAAAAAAUUCAAUUUUCAGAUCAAUCGGAGAAAUGAAUCACAACCGUCGAUAUCACGAGAGUCUUCUGAUUCGGUAGAUGGCGAUUUCAAAUGAGAUCGAAACCGCCAUUAACGAGCUUCCAUAUUGUUGAAAUCUCUCAACGUAUCUGAUGGAGAGUCAACAACAACAACAAUCACCGGACGUUGAAACGCCGUUGUUGAUCAAUUCAAAUCAGGAUCAUCAAGAACGACCUUCGCCGGAAACCGACGGCGGAGGAGGAGGAGAGGGUGUUAAUGAUGACCUAGACCGAACGCUGGAAUGGUUAGAGACGUUUCUGACGCUCCUUGGGUUUAAUCAAUCGUCUACACGAAGCCUUGUUUUGUCUUGGAUUGUGUUUUUAGCGAUUGGUUUGGUGCUUCCGGUUACAGUGUUGGAGCUAGGGCAUUGUUUAGGGUGUGAGAGAUAUCAAUACAAGAGUUUUGAGCUCAAUAUCGUUGUUUCACAGGCGUUGUUGGCUGGUGUUUCUUUGCUUUGUGUUUCUCAUAAUUUGAGAAAACAUGGAAUUAGAAAGUUUUUGUUCGUUGAUCAACUUAGUGGUCGAAUGGAUCGUCUCAAGGCUCAAUACAUUCAACAAAUCUUGAACUCUGUGAGGUUGCUUGCAGUUUGGUCGCUGCCAUGUUUUGCGUUGAAAGCUGUUCGUGAGAUCAUCCGAAUGUAUUAUGUGCCUCAUGACCAGCCGUGGCUAUCUGUUGCAAUUCUCUUGUCUAUGAUCUUGUCAUGGACUUACUUAAGCACUGUAUUUCUAGCUGCAAGUGCCAUGUUUCAUUUAGUAUGUAACUUGCAAGUUAUUCACUUUGAAGAUUAUGCAAAGCUCUUAGAAGGGGAGUCUGAAAUCUCCCUUUUCAUCUACGAGCAUAUGCGUUUGCGUCAUUAUCUUUCCAAAAUAAGCCAUAGGUUCCGCAUCUUUCUACUUUUACAGUUUCUGGUUGUCACAGCUAGCCAGUUUACUACGCUUUUCCAGACCACUGCGUAUAGCGGGCGUAUCACUUAUGUAAAUGGUGGUGAUUUUGCGGUCUCGGCUGUGGUCCAAGUUGUUGGAAUCAUUCUGUGUCUGCAUGCAGCAACAAAAAUAUCUCAUAGAGCUCAAGCAAUAGCAUCAGUUGCAAGUAGAUGGCAUGCGAUGAUGUCUUGCUCGUCUACAGAUUCAACUCAGAUAAGGACAUCUCCUAGUGGAGUUCACUUGGAGGCCACCACGAAUCCACCCAUCUCCUUUCCGAUUUCCCGUUCAGAUAGUGAUGUGGAAUCAAUGGAUCACUACAUGAGAAUGCCUUCUACUAACCACUUUCCUUCAUACAUGUCCAUGUCCUCAUAUCACAAAAGACAAGCUUUCGAUGAAUCCAGGCGGGAUAACGAUAUUCGGGUGGACAGUAGACAGGCAUUUGAUAAACACAAUAUUCUUCAUUGAGCUCUCUCUAGUUACUUUUGUACUUGGCAAGACUGUGGUUUUCGGUUCUGAAUGACCAAAAAAGAGAGAAGGAUUUGGUGUAUCAUGCAUAGCUUUUUUACCUUUUGCCAUAUAGUGAGAUUUUUCAAUUU